AUGACCGAUACUUCAGAUUCUCGACUUCAAUCCCAGGAACAGGUUUCUACAUCCGAUACUUGUCAGCAAAAGAUUGAUCCUUGGACUGUUCAGGGUGCAACAGUCAAUGGCAAACUGGUUGCUAUUGACUACACUAAACUCAUUUCAGACUUUGGCACUAAACCCAUCGAUGAAGUGUUGUUGCAGAGAUUAGAAAAACUAACUGGUGUCAAGCCUCAUCCUUUCUUGCGUCGAGGUCUGUUUUUCUCUCAUAGAGAACUCAAUUUGAUUCUUGACAAGUAUGAGCAGGGAAAGCCAUUCUAUUUGUAUACCGGUAGAGGUCCCAGCAGUGGCAGCAUGCAUGUUGGUCAUAUGGUUCCGUUUAUCUUUUGCAAAUGGCUGCAGGAUGUGUUCAAGGCACCGCUAGUGGUUCAACUCACCGACGAUGAAAAGUUUCUUUUUACUCCUGAUCGCAAGAUUGAAGAUUCUCGAGUCUUUAUGAUUGAAAAUGCCAAAGAUAUCAUGUCAUUUGGUUUCGAUCCAGAGCGUACAUUCAUCUUCUCCAAUCUCGAAUACAUGUGUCCUCCGUUUUACCAAAAUAUUGUCAAGAUCUCAAAAACAAUCACUGCUAGUGUAUCCCGUGCGACCUUUGGAUUUACUGACAGCGAUAAUGUAGGCAAACUGCAUUUCGUGAGUGUUCAGGCAGCUCCCUCGUUUUCGAAUACCUUUCCGCAUAUAUUCGGACCCAAGGGCGAUGUGCCUUGUUUGAUUCCUUGCGCAAUCGAUCAGGAUCCAUACUUUCGUCUGACUAGAGAUGUUGCUUCAAAACUCAAGUAUCCCAAACCUGCUUUGAUUCAUGCCAAAUUCUUCCCUGCUCUUCAGGGUCCGGGUACCAAGAUGUCUGCUUCCAAUCCCAACUCUGCCAUCUACAUUAACGACACUUUGGCUCAGAUCAAGAAUAAAAUUAACCGUCAUGCCUUUUCAGGUGGCCAAGACACUGCCGAGAAACACGCUGAAUUAGGUGGCGAUACCGACGUGGAUGUCAGUUUCCAAUACCUUCGUUUCUUUCUUAACGACGAUGAGGAACUGGAAAAUAUUCGUAUUGCUUACCGUAGUGGGGCUAUGAGCACUGGCGAGCUAAAGAAACGCUGUAUUACUGUCGUACAGGAGUUGGUCGCGCCAGUCCAAGAGAGGCGAAAACUGGUAACUGAGGAAACUAUCAAGUCCUUUAUGGAUCCCACCGUACCCAAAAAGUGUGAUCUUAAACCGCCUACCAACGUAAGCAUCAAGUCUGAAUGACAGUGCUGCCAAACACUAGGAAAAUACAUUUACAAACAAAUCAACUAAAAUAU